AUGGCUACCCAGUCCUUGAGCUCGCUGCUUCAGAGAGCAACCAUUGACGACCACGAAGAAGUCCUCCGCUCUUCGGAUGCCGUGCUAGCGAAGUCUAAAACUAACGCCCAUGCGCAACACGUCAAGGUGGUCGCUCUGCUGAAACUCGACCGCUACGAAGACUGUCUCCGAGUGUUCGAAGAAUGCGGUGAUCGCCUCAAACAGAAGGCUGCUCUGGAAUACGGCUAUGCUUUAUAUAAAUGCGGCCAGCCUGAUGCAGCUAUCGGGGUCGUUUCGGGGUUAGUUGGUGACCGGGGGGCACGCCAUUUGGAAGCUCAGGCUAGCUACCGGGCUGAGAAAUUCCGUCGUACGGCGGAAGUAUAUGAAGAGCUUGCUCGCGAUCUUCCUUCCCUGGAUAACGAAGAACACGACCUCCGGAUCAAUGCGUGGGCUGCGGAUGCCCAGUUGCAGUGGAAAGGAUACCCCGAGUCUGUUCGCCAUGCUAGACCCACAAGAGAUGAUCUAGAAGCCUUUGAGACAGUAUAUAAUGCCGCCUGUUUAAGCAUUGCCAAAGGCGAAUUUGAUCAGGCGGUGAUGCUUCUAAAGCGGGCUAAGGAACUAUGCCGCACUUCGGAGGACCUUACCCCGGAGGAUAGAGCUGCGGAAUUGCUUCCAAUUGCCGUUCAGCAGCUGUAUGUCCUGAUUUGCCAGGGCAAAUCCGAGGAGGCGGAGUCCGUUCUGGAAGAGAUUUCCGUCAAAGAAAUACCUGAAUUAUCUACGAGAAGAAUCGCUCAGAACAAUGUUACGCUGGCGCGGGGAGCUACGGCCAACCCUUAUCUUCUAUACAAGGCUCUGCACGAAACAAGCAUAUCUUCAGAUAGCGACAAACUCUUCGACAACCAAGACAAUAUAAUGACAGGCAACCUCCAUGCGGCCGAUCUUCUUGUCCAAAAAUACGACGGUGUUAUCAGAUCUACAUCCAAGGCUCUCUCCCGGGCGCCGUACCCUUCAGCAGAUGCCAGCACAAAUCUCCUCUCGGUGUACAAUGCUGCGGCGCACACACGAGGUCAGACCGGGCUUCCAGCUCUCAAAGCAGUACUGUCGGCGCUCGAGAAACGUCCCAAAGACCUUGGCGUGUUGCUCACCGCCGUCCAACUCUACGUGGUUGCUGGCAAUACAACAGGCGCCAUCGCGACCCUGGAGAAAUCCCUGCAACAUCUCGAGGAAUCGAUCUCCGAGCAAGAUAAGGAAAUCCGGUUCAACCCCGGUCUUCUCAGCGUCCUCAUCUCUCUUUAUAAGCAGGAAGGCAGGAAAAUGCAGAUUAGAAGCGAACUGGCCAAGGCGGCAACCUUCUGGAAAGAGCAGGCUGUGCCGCCAACUCCAUUACUUCGAGCGGCAGGCGCCUCUUUACUCCAUUCCUCACUUCGCUCGGAUCUAACCCAGGCAGCGGAGCUGUUUGAAUCCAUGUACAAAAAGGAUUCAAACGACGUCUUUGCCGUCGCCGGCUACGUCGCAUCUCACGCAACCACCGAUUACGCACACGUUGCAGCACAGGCCCAGACUCUCCCAUCAAUCGCAGACCUAAUUGCUGACGUCGACGUUGCUUCUCUCGAAGCCGCAGGCGUUUUCCCGUCCUCUGCCACCACAGCUGCUGCGGCGGCCGCCGCUAUCGCAGGCGCCAGGAAGAGACCAGCAGGGAACAAGGACCGCGUGACGAAGCGGGUCCGCAAGUCCCGGCUUCCAAAGGACUACGACCCUAGCAAGACUGCCGACCCUGAGCGAUGGCUUCCACUUCGGGAUCGGUCGACGUACCGACCUCGGGGCCGCAAGGGCAAGCAACGCGCGGCGGAACGAACGCAGGGAGGAGUGGUGAGCGAGAAGUCUGAGGAGACUGCGUCUGCUGCAGGCCAGGCUCAACAGAAGCCUCCGGGGGGGGGCGGUGCUAGCUCGAAGAAAAAGAAGAAGGCCAAGCGGUAG